AUGGUCAUAAUAGAAGCUUUAUUAUUUACUGCUGCAUUUCUUGUGGUUAAAUAUUUCUGGAAUUAUCGAAGAUUUUUCUAUUUGGCGAAUAAAGUUCCACUGAGCAGUUUCGAUUACUCAAUUAAGGGACUAUACAAAGUUUUAAAAGCAGACAAUAAAACAAUUUUCAGAAUAAUAAGAGAGGGUUUUGCUAAUAACAAUGUGUGCACCAAGUCAUGGUUUGGACUAUUCUUAUUUGUGGGAAUUGUUAAGCCUGAAGAUGUCAAACUCGUGCUGAAUUCUAAGGAUUGUCUUGACAAGCCAAGAUUUUUAAAAUUCACAAACAUGCCAAAAGGUUCAUUAUUUGGAGAUGUAGAAUAUUGGCAUUCACAUCGGAAGCUCCUCAAUCCAUAUUUUGGUGCUAGAAGUUUGCGGAAUGUCAUUCCAAUUUUCAACAAUAAAGUGAAAGUCUUGAUGACGAAUUUGAAGAAAAUGGAAGGAACAGGAGAAUUCAAUGUUUUAUAUUCAAUGACUGCCUUAACAUUGGAAACAAUCAUUAAAGUUAUGGAGUAUGAUGUGGAUCUACAGAAUCAGAAAAGUGAAGUUCGUGAUGUUUUUAUCAAAAAUUUAGAAAAGUUCUUAAAAAUUGUCACAGUUCGAGCAUUCAAAUUUUGGUUACAUCCUGACAUAAUUUUCAAAUCUACAAAGUUAUAUCAGAAGCAGCUUGAAACUGCAUCAAAAACUUCAAUGGGAUUUUCACACGACAUCAUUCAGAACGCUCUUCGUCUACAAAAAGGAGAUGUCAAUAACAAUGAAAAAUCAAAAACAUUCAUAAGGGCUUUAGUCAAUCCUAAAACUGGAUUUUCAAGUGAUGAGAUUCAUGAUGAAAUUGAUACUGUUGUAUUGGCUGCACAUGACACUUCAGCAAUUUCCUCAUCCUCAACUCUUUUGUUACUUGCCAUGCACAAAGAUGUCCAACAAAAAGUAGUCGAUGAGCUUCAUGAAAUUUUCGGAAAGACACUUGAUGCUCCAUACUUAGAUUAUGAGAAGAUUAAUGAGCUUCAUUAUCUGGAAAUGGUUAUUAAUGAAACAAUGAGGUUACUUCCGGUCGUUCCUUAUGUAUUUCGUGAGAAUUCUGUUGAUAUUGGGAUCAGUGAAGGAUAUGUCAUACCCACAGGAACUUACAUAGUGAUUCCAAUUUUUGAAAUUCAUCGAUCAAAAAAAAUUUGGGGUGAAGAUGCAGAACAAUUUCGUCCAGAAAGGUUUGGCAAAGAAAUCUUCGAGAAGAUUCCAUCAUAUGCUUACAUUCCAUUCGCAAAAGGACCAAGAAUGUGUAUUGGAUGGCGUUACGCGAUGCUCUUGAUGAAAAUCCAGCUUGCAAACAUUUUAUUACGUUAUGAAGUUGACACAAGCUUAAAAUUAGAGGAAUUAGAAUUCCAGUAUAACAUUACAAUGAAUGUUUGUCAAGGAUAUAAAAUAAGUCUCAAAGUAAGGGCAAGAUAAUAAUUUUACUAACAGCAAGUCAUGGUUUAAAAUAUAGAUUAGAUCUUUAUGACUUGAUAGAAGUUUUAAAUAUUCAUGAUGACUACAACAAUAUUUAAAACAACAACACUGUCCUAAUUUGGAUAUGAACUUAAACAGGUUAUAUUGUCAACAGUCUUAAAAAUAUUUAAAUCACAUCUGUGCAUGAUUAAUCAUUAAUAGCUUAAAAGACAAUAAGAAACUUAAUGUACU